AUGUCGACGCAGUCGAGGCUUUCAGAUAUCACGGUAGCAGUUCUGUUCCAGGAUAUCGAACCGCCAGUAAUUAACGGCGUUCACAAGCCCAAGAAGCCGAGUGGGUAUAAGGAUUCAGGGGCAGAUAUCGCCUUCACACUUCAACGGAGUAACGUCAAGGUCCUAACGCCGCAAAAAAACCCCAAUCCGCUAUUGGACUCAGACUGGUGCUUCUCCGAUACAGAGGAAGGGAUACUAUGUGCAAUCAGACAAGGCGCCACUCAUAUCUGGGCUAAUACUGUUGUCUUCGAGGCGCAUCCGUUACAAACCUCAUCUAGAUUACAGCAGUUUGCCUCGCAAAUUUAUAUUGUUGGCCAGCCACCCCGGCUUGUUGAAAAAUUUGAUGACAAGGCGUACCUCAAUGACAAGCUUCGAGCGCUUGAAUCGUACACUUUGCCGCAGUCGUGGCUUGUGAAUCCCSAGACCAUCGAAGUCAUCGUUCGGUCAAUUAAGGACUACCCAGUGGUGGCCAAGCCUGUGCGAGGUCGAGGAAGUCAUGGUGUUAAAGUAUGCUACGACUUGAUUGGUCUCAAGAACCAUCUAGACACCUUAUUCCAGGAAUCCCCUACAGUUCUAGUUGAAGAGUAUCUCGCAGGCGAGGAAGCGACUAUCACUGUGAUGCCUCCUUCCCGUGAACGAGGAGAGUACUGGUCCUUACCACCAGUAACCCGAUUCAAUCAUUUGGACGGAAUUGCUCCAUAUAAUGGUGUGGUGGCUGUUACGACUAAUUCUCGGGUUGUGACACAGAGCGAAUUAGAUGCAGAUUUGAGUUACUAUGCCAUAAUGGACGAAUGUCGAAACGUGGCGAAACUGAUUCAAGCAACGGCUCCGAUCCGUAUAGAUGUGAGACGCUUCUCACCGGGGUCAAACUUUGCAUUGUUUGAUAUCAAUAUGAAGCCGAACAUGACUGGACCAGGUCGACCAGGUCGAGACAAUCAGGACAGCCUCACUGCUAUUGCUGCUGCAGGUGUUGGAUGGGACUACGUGACUUUGCUCCAAACGAUACUGCAGACCUCGCAGACGUUGGGCGCUUUGCGCACUUAUGUCAGUCCUUUGUAG